UUUGUAUGAGAAGCGGGCACCAAAGACAUUGGCAAUGAAGUGUCUGUGCUGAACAACACACAGAACUCUCCACCUCCCAAAGAAACAGCCAGACAUGGGAGGAUCAAAAUCUAAGGAGCAUCGUACUCCUUCUCCUCCCUCCUCUCCAUUGCUACAUAAUCCCUGGAGGACACUGGAGUGGGACAAAAGGGAUGAGAUGAAAGAAGAGCUGAGAAAUAUUCAAAUCAGCACCCCAGAUGUGAAGCAUCUGCGUAUCCUGGUCUAUGGUCCAGUGGGAGCAGGGAAGUCCAGCUUCAUCAACUCCAUCGACUCCAUCUUCCAGAGGCGCUUGACCAGUGGGGCCAUAGCUGAAGCUUGUGCUGGACACAGCUUCACAAAGACAUAUAAAACCCACAAAAUCAAAGAUGGAGGAUACAAAUCCUACUUGCCAUUUGUCUUCAGUGAUGUCAUGGGCCUGGAAAGAGAAACAGAAGAUCCUGAAGGGGUGCAAAUAGAUGACCUCAAAAAAAUAUUGGCGGGUCACAUUAGAGAAGGUUAUACGUUCAAUCCAUUAAAUUCACAUCCAUCAGAGAUGGACAACAAGGAUCCAGGUCUGAGUGACAGGAUUCACUGUCUAGUCAGCAUCAUUCCAGCAGAUGGUACCCUCUGGUGUGUUGACGGCGACAACAUUUCAGACCAUGCCAUGCGGAAAAAAGACAAAGCCUUCAUCCAAAAGAUUAAAGAUGUCAGAGCACAUGCCAGCACAAUGGGCAAGUGUUACCCAGCAGCCAAUCAG